AUGUCUCAUAAUGAGUCUUCGGAAGAGGCAGAAGCAAAAGGGAUCGGCAAAUUGCCAGUCGAGCUCGUCUUGACGUGCGUCGAUUAUAUGGACCCCGUAUCUGCCAGCCGACUUUCUCGUACUUGCAAAGGCUUGACCCUGGCUUUGAAAACCAAGCUAAAGGAGAAAGCGAAAGAGUUUGCUUCGCUCCAAAAAGGCUACAAGUCCGUAUAUCUUGCAGCCCCCUACGAUGAUGAUGUUUUGCCAUGGAGCUCACCGAUGGCCAGAGCGGUUUGCGAGGGUCGCAUUGAUGCUCUUAGAGGGUUUCUUGAUGCCGGACUGAGCCCCAACUUGGUCAUUGAAAACAUGGAGCCAUUACUCCAAGAGGCACUCACGCAAGAUCAGGUAGAUGCUGCCAAGCUGUUGCUUGAGUACAAGGCAGACCUAUUUGCCCGCAAUCGGUUACGAGAGCUGGAGCCAAGAUUAGCGAUCUGA